CAGUCUGUCUAUGUAGGCCGUCGUGGAUCCUGACUGCCUUUCUCUUGUGAGUACGCGCGUACUGAAGUGUGUAUUUAUCUACCUCUAUCAUAACAAACAUCAUCAAGUAUUCUAAUAACAUCUAGUCUUCGAUAUCAAAACAUGAAACAAGCGAGCAUCUUGAAGAGGAUAUCAGGAACGUUGCAGCAAGUGGCAAGGUUGAACCAAGUGCAAGUUCGCACAAAGUCGUCAGCUGUGGAGGACCUCUCACUGACUGAUGAGUUCACCAGUGCUAGACCUUACGAGGAGAUGCCCGGCCCUGCGCCACUGCCGCUGCUGGGCAACAACUGGCGAUUCAUGCCCUUCAUAGGUAACUACAGUAUCGAGCAUAUAGACCAGGUGUGCCAACAGUUACACAGACAGUACGGUCGUAUAGUCAAGUUGGCAGGACUGCUUGGCCGGCCAGACAUGGUGUUCUUGUUUGACGCAGACGACAUAGAGCGAGUGUUCCGCAGUGAGGAACUGAUGCCUCACAGACCGUCCAUGCCUUCCCUCAACUACUACAAACAUGUCCUGCGCAAGGACUUCUUUGGUGAAGACGCUGGGGUGAUAGCUGUGCAUGGAGAACAGUGGUACAGGUUCCGUACCAGAGUACAGCAGCCAAUGUUGCAACCAAGAACAGCAAAGCUCUAUGUAACUCCUAUCGAACAGACCGCUCAAGCAUUCAUUGACAGGAUUCGAACGAUAAGAGAUUCAUCCAUGGAAAUGCCUGAUGAUUUUUUAAAUGAGAUUCACAAAUGGUCAUUAGAAUCCAUAGCUCAAGUGGCUCUAGACACCCGACUAGGCUGCCUUGACGAUUGUUCACCCGAGACUCAGUCUCUCAUAGACGCAGUCAACACAUUCUUCCACAAUGUCGGUGUGUUGGAACUCAAGGUCCCGUUCUGGCGACUAUUCAACACUCCCACCUGGCGCAAGUACAUUGGAGCUCUUGACACUAUAACCAGUAUCACAAUGAAACACAUCUCCGCAGCACUAGAGAGGUUGCAGCAAGGCAAGGGUGGGGAGUGCACAGCACAGUCAUCAUUACUAGAGAGAGUGUUGACCCAGGAACCUGACAACCCUCGACUGGCUUGUAUUCUGGCAAUGGACAUGUUCCUGGUGGGCAUUGACACGACUUCAGCAGCAGUGGCAUCCAUAUUGUACCAGCUGAGUCAACACCCAGAAAAGCAGGAGAUUCUGCACAAUGAGGUGAGCCAAGUGCUGACAUCUGGGGAGCCUCUCACCUCACAACGUCUGGACCAGAUGUCUUACCUGCGAGCUGUCAUCAAGGAAACUCUUAGAAUGUAUCCAGUAGUGAUCGGCAAUGGUAGAUGCAUGACCAAAGACUCUGUCAUUGCUGGCUAUCAAAUACCAAAAGGGACCCAAAUAGUUUUCCAACACUAUGUGAUCAGCAAUUCUGAGGAAUAUUUUUCUGAGCCACACAAGUUUAUCCCUGAGAGAUGGUUGAAGUGUAGCAGGGAGCAACAUCACCCAUUUGCAUCGCUGCCCUUCGGCUACGGUCGUAGGAUGUGCCUCGGCAGACGCUUUGCAGAGUUGGAGAUACAAACUCUGGUUGCUAAGAUGGUUCAAGCAUUCAAGAUGGAAUAUCACUAUGACAAGCUAAGCUACAGCAUACAUCCAAUGUACAUGCCUGAUGGACCUCUCAGAUUCAAGAUGGUGGAUCGUUAAUCAUUCUGUGAUAAAUUUUAGUUUAUAUUAAGUCAAAUUGUACCAAUACGUAGAAAAAUUAUUGAAUCUAUUUGUAUAUUGUUAUAAAGUAUACUUUUACAUAAUAUAAUACGAUAAAUGUCAUUUGACAACAAAAUUGUUUUCAUAAUCAAUAAAUUCUUGCCAAAGUAUUAUUUUUGUUGUUCCAUAGUAAAAUUCUGAUUUAUUUGUAUUCAUUUAAAGUUAGACCUUAGUGUAACUCCAAAGAGCCAACAUGGAAACUCUCAUUUCUGAUUUUAAAAAGACAGAGCUGUGGUCCUAUCCCAAGGGAGGAGUGGAAUCAAGGUCAAACAUGAAGAAGAGAGAGAGGUAGCAAUUAGUCUUGUGUUGGCUACCAUUGAAAGUGAAUGAUGAAUGGGGUGCCAUUUACUCAAAAGUUGAUUAUCAAAAAAUUAGAAGGCAGGAAUCACAAAAGGCUAGUUAAAGUACAAGUACACAUUACAUGAAGCAGUGACGCCAGGAGGACAGACUAAAGACCAGACAAUGAAUUUCAUGGAAAUCAGAUUCUGUGCAGUAGGCUAAGUACUUGGCAAACAAUAUGAAUCCCUCAAAUGUUCGAGUCAUUAAUGACGAGCACCCUAUGGACCUGUGUGAGCAAAGUCCCCAGAGACUUGUUUAAGAAGAGUAUUUCUAAAGCCAAAUCACUUACUUUCCCUCCAUGAGUGACCUAUUGAUUGUACGAACAAAUGUAAAAUUGCUCCUUUCAUUUUAAACAUAUUUACCAGUCUGUUCAGUCAUCUCUGGAUUUUACAUACAGUAAAUAGCGUAAACUUGGUGUUUUCAAAAAUACUUAAAAAAAAUUUUGUUUUCAAAAAUACUGAAACAUUUUUUUAAAGGGAGACAAGACUCCAAGACAGUAGAUGAGGUGCUUUACAUGUUUAUCAUUGCUAUUGAGUUUGCUGCUGCCACCAUGAUCCAGAUGGCAACAGCAGCCUCAGUAACCAAUGACGACACUUCUGAGACCAGCACCUGUACCACCCAUACUGCAGCAUUCAACAGCUUCACAGUGUCAUCCCACCAGCAACACAGUAGGUGCCAGCAUUUAUAAGCAUGGAACCACGUGUAAUGAAUGACACAAGCCUACGACCCUGCAAUACAUGCUCAGCCAACAAGUGAUCAGCGCUACAGCACAUCAUGCAACCAGCCUUGAUUUGAACCCGAAACUAUAUCUAAAUUGUUUGGCCAUCCCACCAAAACCAGAAGCCCUGAGUCAAUAAAUAAAACACAGCUAGGAAU